AUGGCCUAUGAUAUUGAUGAGAUCAAGAAGAUUGGCAUAGGGCUAAUUGGUUUUGGCAUCUUCUUCACGUUUCUUGGCAUAGUUCUUUUCUUUGACCGUGGUUUACUUGCUCUAGGAAACAUAUUUUGGUUGGCAGGGGUUGCAAUUUUACUUGGUUGGCGUUCCAUGUGGGCACUCUUCACUAAUAGAGCAAACUAUAAGGGUUCUGCAUCAUUUCUUCUAGGCCUCUUUCUCAUUUUUGUGAGGUGGCCAAUACUUGGUAUAGUAAUUGAAAUAUACGGUUGUGUUUUUCUCUUCAGUGGUUUUUGGUCGUCUGUCAAAGUUUUUCUCUAUCAUAUCCCAGUUGUUGGAUGGAUUAUACGGUUUAUUGCACCUCCUUGA